AUGACUCUCACUGAGUUUCAAUUAGAUGGUCGUCUUCGAGCUGUCACCUCCACACCAAGUGGACUCUCAUCAGGAGUACCAACUUCUAAUGGUUGGUCAGUCCAUGAUUACGAAGGAAAUUUCUCGGACCAAACAAAUUCGAUUGAAAUGAAUUUUUACGCUCGAAAGGAUGACAUACCAGACAUAGAAUGCAAUGAUCAAGAUCAUUCAAAUGGACAAAUGGAAGACUGCGUAACUGUGUGCCGAGUCAGCUUGACGUUCCAAUUAGAGGAACAUGUGAAGGUUCAGGAGAUGUCAGCGACUAUCGAAUCACGAGACAGUUUUAUUUUUAUUAGUGGUACUGUCGCCCAGGCCUCUUACAAUAAAACAUACUCGUUGGAUUCUCAAUCGAAACUCAAGGAUAUGUCUAUUGAAAGCCGAUCUGCGAUUCUCCGAAAAUUGACUUGGAUUAGGAAGCUUGAAAUUCAAGGUGGAUACGUCGCCGUCCCAUUUUGA